CUUUAGAACAAUCUUCGCUAAAAAUUGAUACUGGCUGUAGUCCUAUUAGCCCGUUUAAGAGCUUAGCGUCCUCGGUAACGGGGUCAUCUAACUGCAAUGGCGGCUCAGUUUUGGAGAUUCAAAGCAGCGACUCCAAGUCAGACUAUGUUCAAAGUAUUGACGAGAAAGCAUUGUCUGUAGCAGAUAAUUCGAAAAAAUCAUCAUCAAUUGACUUUGCUGAACAAAUCCGAAAACUUGAAAUAGAAGGAAAUAAAUUACGUGCCGUAACUGCAUGUAGUUUAGGUAGGCCAAACUACCACUGACCGGUUAACUGUAAAUUGUAUUAAAUUUAAAUAUUAAUAAAUGUAUUACAUUUGUAGUGUGUGUAGUGUAGUAUAGUCAUUAGUCAUAGAGUAAGUUAUAGAAAUAGUCUCAUCUCCGAACUCUACUCACCUACUGUUACUCUUUGAGUCUAGUAAUUCAUAAAUAAUCCUAAUUAUAACUAUAAUAAAUUAAAAUUAAUACAAUUAUAAUAUAAACAAAUGAAUGUGAAUAGUGAAAAUACUGAAAACAUUCAGGGUAGAGGGUAGCAUGGGGAUAUUAUUUUGUAAUGUAUUUAUUUCUAUUCAGCUCUCAUUACCUCCAAAAUUUUCAUUUCCUCCCAUGCCCAUUUGAGGUAAUUUACCCCGGUUUGCCAACCUCUGCAGGAAUGGAUCAUAGUGCAAGUAUACUUACUUACUUGUGCCGUUCACCCUUUUGGGGCAUAGGCUGUCUACAAGAAUUUUUCAUUCAUCUCAUUCCUGUGCUUUCCUUUCCAGUUGCUUCCAGGUCAGGUGUAUACCAGGUGUUUCUCCCUCUAGCUUGUGUCUCCAUGUAUUCUUUGGUCUCCCUCUCUUUCUUUUUCCCUGUGGAUUCCAUUUUGGGUGUGUCUGGUGAAGUUAUCUGGUGGGUUUUGAGAGUGUGCCCUAUCAACCUCCAUCUUUUCCUUAUGAUCCCUUCAUUAAUAGGCUCUUGGUAUGACCAUUCCAAUAAGUCUUUGUUGUUGAUCAUGUUUUGCCAUUUGAUGCUAAGGCAUGUGUUUAUGAAGGACUGUACUUUAUGCAUAAUGCUCGCUGUUGUCCUCCAAGUUUCGGCUCCAUAGAGUAGGACUGUUUUGACAUUUGUGUUGAAAAUUCUGACUUUGUUUUGCAGACUCAACUCCUUUGACUCCCAUAUUUUCUUUAAUAGCUCAAGGGCUGACAUAGCCUUCUAAAUCUAGCCCUGAUAUCUGCUUUGGAUCCACUAUUUAUGUCAAUAGUGCUGCUUAAAUAUAUGAAAUCCUCCAUUUCUUCAAGUGCAUUUCCUGUCAGGGAGAUGUGGUCUUUCCCUGUUAUGAGCUGUUUGAUAGCCAGGGCUAUUUCUUCCUUAUUUGGGACACUUUCUUCUAUUUCUAAGUCUUCAUUUGCUGGUUGUAUGUCUGGUGUGUCUGUGGGUGGAGGUCUUUUUAGUAAUACCUAAAAGUAUUCCACCCAUAUUUUUUGUUCUUUUUAUUCAUUUAUAUUGAUCCACCUUCCUUAUCUUUAACAGUUCACUAUGGCCUCUUGUAUCUUCCUGAGAGCUUUUUUGUUAUUUCAUAGAGCUCUUUCUUGUUUUACUUUCUGGUCCUUCUUCUGUUGUUGGAGCUAGAUCAUAAAUGUAAGAACUUGUAUCUUUUUUUAUUGUUUUUUGCCCUUUGGUUAGCUUCUUUAUAUUUCACUUUUGCUUCCGUUUUCUCAGCCCUGUUGUUUUUGAUUCACUGGUCUUUAUACCUCUUUGCAUUUGGAUUUUACUGACAUCUUUAUAUUUUGCCAUUUAUGUUUUAUCUGGUCAUCUUCUGUUUGGACUUCCAGUGCCUGGAACUUAUUUCUCAAGGUAGCACUGAAUUCCUGUUGUUUCUGCUCAUUUGCCAAAAGGGCUAUAUUGUAUUUUCGUCUUCUAGCAGAUGGCUCUUCUCAGUUUUUCUGCAGUUUUAAAUUGAGUCUUGCGCAAACAAGAUGGUGAUCUGAUGUGACAUCAGCUCCUUUUUUUUCUCGUACAUCUUGCUGAGACCUUCUAAAUUUUUUUAAUACAUGUAUGAUCGAUUUGGUUUGGUGUUUAGUUGUCAGGGGACACCCAAGUUACCUUGUGGAUAUUCUUAUUCACUUCCCCAAUAACAAGCUCAUUAGCCACACAGAAGUCUGCCAGUCUUUCACCGUUCUCAUUCCUCUCUCCUAUACCAUGACACCCUAUAAUUUCUUUGUAUCCACUGUUUUCUUUACCAAUAUUAGCAUUUAGAUCUCACAGUAAGAUAUUUAGAUUUAUACCUGUACAUUUUUCCAGUACUGCUUGUAGUCUAUUUUAGAAAGCCCUUUUUCAUCUUCCUUGCUAUCGUUGGUGGGUGCACAGCACUGUGUUACAAUUCAAAUUUAUUUUCUUUUUUGGUUCUGAAAGUUGCUGUAAUAAUUCCUGUACCAUGAGCGUCCCAUCAUAUCAGUGCCUCUUGUGCCAACCAUGUAAUCAUGAGAGCAACUCCUUGUGACUGUGGACCAUUUUCAUCCUCAUGCCCUGAGUAUAUUAGUGUUUCUCCUGAGGCCAAAGUUAACUGUCCAGCUUGUGUCCAUCUUUUUUCACAGAUGUCAGUUUGUAUGUUCUCAUUUCGUCCGCCACUUCUGCUGAUUUCCCUGUUUCAUGCCUUGUUCUAACAUUCCAUGAGCCUAUGUUUAUUGCCUUUGAAAGCAGGAUCCUUGGCUUUGAGGCUUCCAGUAUAAUCUGGCUUUGACCGCAAGGCUUCAUAACUCCUCUUGGGGAAGACAAGCCCUCUCUUAUCAAGGCUGAAAUCGUUUGUUUUUUAUUCUUGUUAACGUUUCUGUAGCAGUUUGUACGGAUGCGGUAGCUGUGGCCUCACGCCAACCCUACUCCUUUUGCACCCAGGCUUGGCACAGGCCAUAGCAGAGUUAGUCCAAGUAAAAGAAAGACAAUAUCACAUUUAAGACGAGAGCGUUUCUGUCUUGUUUAUCAGUUCAUGCUAUUUUAAGACUUUCAAUUUAAAAUUAUUUUUCUUUAGGCACUUUUAAUGGUUUUGGAAUGGACCUACACAGCAGUUUUGAGGUAAUAAUCUUGUCUGUUUUGUGUUUCCUCAUACAUAUGACUUCAGAAUUAUUUAAGUCACAUCAUACAUUAAAUGAGUAACAAAUGAUUGUUUAAAACUACCCUUCACUGAGUUGGGUUAGUCCUAUCUGUUAUUCAAGUAAGUUGAUUACUAUUGUUACCACCUCAGCAACUGCAAAUGGAUUUAUUCAUCCAAGUGUUCACACCCAUUGUAUUAUUUUUAAAAAUAUACAUUUUUAAGAAUAGAAAACAAAUUAGAUUUACAAAAACCUUGAUCUUUUAACAAUUAAAUAGAUCUAAACUAAUUAUUCAUGGUAAUUAUGAAACAAAAUGAUGGAUAAUUAUAAUAUUGAUUUAUUCGAUUAGAUAAGAGAGUUCUUCAAUCUCUUGUUUUUCUUUCAGUUUCCUAAACUCCCAUCAUCCAGUUUUGGUAACUUAGCUGCCCUUGUUGACAUCUCUUCAGAUCAAAAGUGUAUCUCAGAUCUCAGGUCUUUCUAACUUUUGUUUUCUUUUCUUGAAGAAAGUUUAUCUAAGCGUUAUUAUUUUGUAUUUACUUUUUUGUGCCACUCAUUACAUUUUUAAAAAAAAAGAAUGUUUUGUUAAACAAAAAUUCUGUCAAACCAGCAGGAUCCAGCUUGAAAGUCAGCAACGAGAGACAGACCGCUUGAAGAAACAACUGUCUGGAGAUAUGUCAGGGUUACGAGCUCCAUCAAACUCCUCAAAUGGUGCAGCUAACAGCAGCUUUAAUGGUGAUAACAUUUUUCAUUCAUUGCAAAACUCAGGGAGAUAUGCAUUUUCUACCAUUCCAAGCAGCCAAUGGAAUCAGACUUUUGGGAAAAAGACAUUUGAUUAUCAGCCUCCGUAAGUUUUCAGUAAUUAAUUAUUCCAUUGCCUGUUAAUCCAGUGACAGGAAUAAUGAAGUAGUACUUGUUUAACAGAUUAAGAUUUUCAAGCAAUAUCUUAAUUAUUUUUAAUGAUAAAAUAUAAAUAUUUUUAUAAAGCAAUUUGAUAUUGCAUAUUGCAAAGUUUUUUCUGUAUUUCAUUUCAUGGUGAUAUGAAAAUCAGUUGCAUCAUGAAUGAAUUUUCCAAAAUAUAACCUUUUUACAUCAGAUCCCAUCUUGAGCGUUCACUAAAGGAAUCUCAGGAACAAGUUAUGGAGUUGAGAAAAAAGUUGCAAGAGGUAUGGAUAAAAUUAGUGAUUGGAAAAAUUGUCUCACUCACGAUGCGGUUGGGGAUAAUGUCAUAAAAUGCAAGUGACUGACACAGGAACAGCUUGACACAUUGUGUUUCUAAUUUCAGCUGACAGAAUCAUCAGACCAUCAGAAAAGACAUUUCCGUGCCACUGUAGAAGACUUGAAAUCUAAACUUCAUGACACAAUACUCAACAGAGAUACCGUCUUGGAUCUCAGGUAACUAAUCAAUCAUGUCAAUGCCAACACGCCAGGAUUGAUGUUGCUCAGACAUCUUAGAAAAUGUUGGAAAAUUCAAACUCUAUGCUUAUUAUAUGCUUUUAUAAAAAAAUGUACCUAGAAAUGUUUUAGCUGAUAUUGCUACAAAACUUGACGUACUGUGUCCAGAUCUAGGUCAACAUGAGGUGUUUUAUCCUCUUGUGGAGUUAAGAGUUAGGAUUAUGAAAAUAUACAUGUAAACAUUAUUUAUUGACAUUAAUGUGUUCAGUGUCCUCUUUCUGCUGUGGUUUCUCGUGCAAAUGUCAUGCUUUAAGCUAGAGAAUAAGUUAUUAAUUUUGCAAUUCAAAUAAUUUUUCUCUCUCUGUUUAUUUAAAAAAUGAUUACAAUUGGUUAAGUUGAGUGGAAAUGUGUGUAUAAUUAAUUGGUCUUUCAAUGCAAACUGAUGUCGUGUUUAUUUUUAUUAAUGACAAUCUCAGUUUCAAAUGUCAUCUGCGUUACAGACAAAAAGAAUCCAGCAGUCAAGAAAUACUCAUCAGCAAACUUCAUUCAGCACUGAACCAACUCCAAGAACAGUGCAAGUCACAAGAGGAGGUGAAAGUCAUGACUUAAAAUUUGUAGCUAACACCUUCUAAAUCAGUGAUUCUCAGCCUCUCAAACUAAUCUUACCUAGUUUAGGAAAACAGUAGACUUUGCUCUUCUAACCACCCACCUUUCCCACCCACCCACCUUUUUGCCUGCCCACCCACCCACCCACCUUUCCCUUACUCAAUCAUGGGUGGCUCAUCGCAUUAUCUAAAAGCUGAAGAUGAAUGUGUACAAUCAAUCAAUACACAUUUCCAUUUAUUUGAAUCAAUAAUCUUAUGUUUCAAGACAGUUGCAGGAGGAAAGAGCAACGCAUCUGAUUUGUUUCCAAGAGGCAACGCCACCUCAUGUGCCCACGGCUGGGCACCACAGAUGCCUAGACAGUUCUGUUGACUUGCUAAUGGCUUGAAUGAUUCAUUAAAAACUUUUUCUACAACCCUCCGAUCCGGCAGUGCAGGUGGUCAGCCUCUUCCCUCCUGUCCAGCGGUGCAGGUGGUCAGCCUCUUCCCUCCUGGCCAGUGGUGCAGGUGGUCAGGCUCUUCACUCCUGGCCAGAGGUGCAGGUGGUCAGCCUCUUCCCUCCUGGCCAGCGGUGCAGGUGGUCACCCUCUUUAAGAGAUCUUGUCAUGAAAGAAAAGGGACUGAGGAACAUUCUCCUUCAAGGAUUGUGUCUUUUAAAUCAUCAGGCUAGUGUGAAGACUAGACUAGGAGAAAGCCAUAUCACAUGGGGAAGUGUGAAGACUAGACUUUGAGAAAGCCAUAUCACAUGGAGAAGUGUGAAGACUAGACUAGGAAAAAGCCAUAUCCAAUAAAUUACAACACUAUGUUUGAUAUUUAUUUUAAAAUAUGAUUUGAUUGUUGUUGUUUGAUCUUCGUAUGCGAAGAUGACAAGACUUAGUUUUACAGUAGAACGCAUUGGGUUUGACAGUCCUAUUUAUGCUUGGAAAGCUUUCUUGCACAUAGGACACUCAUUGUUGUGGGUCUUAGUUGGUUUUGACUGAAUUCUGCUUUUUCUUGCCAUGCGCUUUCUUUAGGCAUGAGCGGUGCACUUAUUCACUGAGGAUUUCUCUCUGACAGUGACCCUGCCAUGCCAGUUUGCAUGGUCCAUGGCAAGUGUCUCCCACAAAUCAAGGUCAAUGUCCUUUGAUUAAAGUGAAGCUUUAAGACAGUCCUUGAAGCAUUAUUUCUGCCCACCAACAGAAUGUUUCACACUGGAGAGUUCACCAAACAUUAUUCGUUUGGGAAGUCUGCUGUCUGGUAUUCUUACAACAUUCCCUGCCCAUCUGACUUGUUCUUUUUGUAGGAGAGUGUGAAUGCUGAUCCAAUUGGCACAUUUUGUAGGACCUCUGAUUUGAUUUGACCUUAACUUAACUCUUGUGGAAAUGAUAGUAUGAUUUAUCUAAAAUAUGAAUUUAUGAAUGGGCUAAGAACUAAAUUUAUGACCCAUUUAACAUUAAAAUUUAUUCCCUACCACAUUUGAAUUUAUGAUGAACCUAAAAUUUCUAUUUAUUUUUUUAGUCUCUCUAUUCAGCCAGCCAAAAGUUAGAUUCUCACAAACACAACAGCUCUAUGUACGAAACAGCCCUGUCCCAGGUCAGGAGUAUUCUUAUUGAGCGUGAAAAGCGCAAAGGCCUGGCCUUCUUUCAGUCUGAUCUGACCAAUGGUCAGAAUGUUGCUGUAGUGGUGCACACCCUGGAAAGAAUGUUGCAAGAUCUGGAACAUGAAGUCAACAUGAAAUCCAUCAGAGUGUCAGAGGUCAGUGUCUGAGGGAGGGUUUGUGGGUUUCUGAGGAAGGGUUUGUGUGUUUUAGAGGAAGGGUUAAGAGUCGUUCAUAAAGGUUGUCUAAAAAGAGAGAAGGGUGGUUGGUGGGUUGAGAUUUGUUACUGCCAAUGUUUAAUGUCAGUUACUUCACCUGAUUUAUCUGUAUUGAUUUGUUCAAAGCUAGAAGCAGAUGUUGAGGACAUGAAGCAAAGUUUGGCUGAACAAGAGAGAACAAUGGCCAGAGACUACCAGGAAAAGUGAGACUGUUAGGCUUGUCAUGUUUAGCUAUUCUUGGACUUAAUGGUUUAAGAAUCAUUCCUAAAUUUGUCUCAUGAUUUCAUGAUAUUAGAGAGAACUAAAGCCAGUUUCCACUGUUGAAAGUAAAUUUCUUCAUCAUCUUACUGCUUAUCUAUGCAUCAUUUUUGCUUCUCUUUAGAAAAUAAAAAUGCAAACCUAAUGACACCUGGAUUUUUUUUUUUCUUUGCAGGUUGAAGAAAGAAGCAGAUGAUACCAUUAAAAAGUAGGUGUACAAUGUUCCCGCUAAACUAAUUAAAAAAAUAUGAAUCAAAGCAUAAGUCAACUUAGAAAAUAAUUAACAGUAGUCAUCCCUAAGUUUUACUACUCUACAUCCCAGCAUUUCCCCAAAAUUUAAAGCAAAGCAAAUUAUAGUGUUGUUGUAUUUCUAGGGUUACCAUGAUUACUACCGACCAUGAGAGAAGUCUCCUAGCUGCCACCGAAAAGUUGGCCUUGGCGACCAAGCAAGUGGCAGGCCUUGAGGCACAGCUUCAGGACAAAGAGUCAGUCUUUAGUUUAGUCUGUUGUUCUUUGGCUCAUUAUUUUAUUCCUUGCUUGUCUAGAGUUUUUACAUUAAAAGCAAAUCACUGAUCAACUCCUGGAUUCAUGUUUCUAGAGUGUUAGAUGCUGCCCAUCCAUUUAAGCUUAAUCUACUUAUACCUUUUCCUGUGUCAUUCACUUUCAAGGUUUAUCAAAAGCAGAUUUAUGAUUUAGUCUCAUACUUAAUUAUUCCAAAGACACUAAUUAUAUUCUCUGCCAUUUCAUUGGGGGCUAAAAUUUACCCAUGAUGAAUAUAAGAAAGGAAAGAAAACUCAAGCCAUCAACAUGCGUAGUCAUCGACUCAGCUGUGCACAAGUUUCCCUUAACCAUGUGUCACAAACCUUUUUAAAAAAAAAAAUUUGUUUGCUUUGUAUUAGUAUGCCUCCCCCCCCCCAUGUCGUUUAAUAAAAUUUAAUUAUUUAUAGAAAUGCCCACAGACAGGAAAUGAAAGCUAAAGAAGGGGAAGUAAAAAACCUGGAAGAAGCUUUGGAUGAGCUCAAGACAGACAACAUGAAGACAACAGCCUUGUGGCAGGAAAAGGUUGGCAUGGCUGUUUCUAAUAUUUGUUUAUUGAACUGAUUGGGAAACCUGCUCUCUGCACACUUGCUAUCACCAACCAAAUUUACUUCUGGUUAAAAAAAAAUGAACAUAUGAUCUAGUUUAAAAAUAAAAUGUUUUUAUUUCUUAGACAAAACUUUAAAACAAUGUGGUAUAUGGAAGCUUGAAAUAUUAAGACAGGACAGUGAAAGAAGAACAUUUCAGCUAAGUGCCUUACUCAGCAGAUGGGACAAAUGAAGAAAAGUUUUUCUUUUCUUGUCCUGUCUUUAUAUUUUAAUCUUCCACAUUCCUUGUUCCACUAUUUCAUUCACACACCUUGAAUGCACUCCUUGAUUUAUUAUCCUUUAAAUAGUGAGGGAGUAGUCACAUAUUGCCGGACAUUGCAAUCCAUUUUCUUACCUUUGCUGACUUUACUUUUGCAUAAUAAUUGCCGAUCAGUCAGGUUUUGGUUGUACAAAAACACUUCUGUCUGCUCAGUUAUUAUCUAUUUCCAGUUUUAUUUGCAGCUUAAGUGAAAUUCUUAUGUACUCAAUCUGCUUAUUGAUAUUUGAAUGACAUCAAAGUUUUACAGCUUACUUAGCAUGAGAGGAAAUAAAUACUAUUCUAAACAUGGCUGAUUUUUUUUUUCAAGCUCACUGAGCGUGGACAGUUGUCCCAUUUCCAAAUUUCCACUUACCUAUAUUUGAGUUGACUAGUUUGACUAAAAAUUUAACAUUUGCAGCUGAUUGAAGCGAAACACGACCAGGUUUACACUGAGACAUUGGUAACUACAUGAACAUAGAACAGGUCUUUGGCUAAACCAGUUGGAAUCAUCAGCAGCUUUUCAUACUUAGAUGUUCAUUGCUUGUAGAGGUCAUAACAUUGCAGGAGAAAUGAUUCAGUUGAAAUAAAGCGAAUGAAAUUAUAGAUUGAUGGUAGGGUAUUUAAUAAAAAAUAUAAAAGACAGAUUUCCUGGUAGUGGAUUUCCUUGUAGAAUUCCAACUGGUUUAGGCCUGUAUUUAAAGACUUGUGGUUUGCCUGCCCUUCCCCCAAAAUCCCCCCUCCAUUUAACUGUACUGUUUUAAGCAUGGCUAUCAUUUUAAUGAAAUGUUUUAACUUGACCUGUGUAUGUCAACUAAGCUUGGAUUUGCCAGUGUGCUGCCACCUGUAGUGUUUACACAUGUCAAUGUAACUAAUAAAAUUAAUUUUUUUUUGGUGUGAUGGGUGGGGAAAGAUUUUUAAAAAAUAAUAGAUCCAAGACAAUAAAAUAUAGUUUGCUCCUUUCAUAGUAAAUCGGGUCAUAAGGAACAGAAUUCCAUCAUCGCACUCUUGUACAUUAAUUGUUGAACUAAUACUUCAGUAACGAAAUAAUUUUAAAAGUUUACAUUUUGUAUGAUGAUCCCCAUUGACUCACCCAGGAAGCCCGAGUUUGAUGUCAGAGUUAACCCAUGUUGUCCUAAUGAUAUCUUAAUACCACUAUCCACUUUGUGACAUGCAUCUUAUUACCUUUGAUUUUGUAACAUUUAGAGAAUGAUGGCACACCACUUUGUUUGACUAAAACACAUUUUAACUUCAAAAAAAAAUAAAAAAAAUAAUCAGCCAGCAACUUUUAAAGUUGGUUAAAAAAAAUCAUCUGACAUUUUCUUAGCACUCACUGCAACACUUGGGCUUAGAUUCUGCCUUUGCUGUUUAGUGAAUUGUGGCAAUCAAUGCUUUGAAUAAAGACCAUUAGGCUUUUUAUCACUCUUCAGAUCAUGAAAAGAAUUGAUUUUGAAUAGUGAACAAUAGACAGAAAUGAUACAAUGUAGAAGCUAGUGUGAACAUUGUGUUAAAACAAUGUAGAAGUUAGUGUGAACAUUGUUUUAAAACAAUUUAGAAGCUAGUGUGAACAUUGUUUUAACAGCUGCAUGAAUGAAAAUUUGAAAACAAAUUUUUUUUUUUGCUUCUUGUUUUAAAGUGUUGCUUGUUCAUUUAAUGAUAUCUGUGCCUGUAACAAUUAGCCAAUAUAUUAAAUGCAAAUAAUCUCUCCAUGUGCCAGCAUUUGUUUGAAUAUGAUGUUGCCCGAAAUCCAAUGUCAACUGUUAACUAAAAUAACAUUCUAUUAAUUUUAAUCACUCAUCUACAUUUAAGUAAAAUGUUAUAUGGGUUUUCACCUAAAACUUUACAAUAGGGGUACAUAUUACUCAUUCAUAAUUAAGUUAUUGUGACUGAUGGGCUAAAACUCAUUUACUGCUCCUCUGACUUUGAGGACCUCAUUUCUAGGAUUUGUAGAGACACAAAACAUUGUUGUAAUUAUUUGAUUGAUUUGUAUGUGUAUUUAUGACCAGAGUUCAUAUUAAAAUACCUACUGCACAUAUACAUAAAGUCAUAAUUUAAAAGAUGGCUCUAAAUUUGUUUCAGAGGCAAGCAUUAGAAUCCUCAUUAGAUUAUGUGCAAAGGGAGCUAAUUGAGACUAAAGCAGAGAAGAAUGAGGUGAUUCAGUCCCUUGCUGCCAUGGAGUCUAGGCUUGAAAGUUUGCAGGUCAGAUAAUAUCUAGGAUUUUGUUGAUGAUAUUAAUGGUGUGGGCUAAAUUACCUAAAGGAUGUUAGUGUUGACAACCUCUGCCCCUGUUCAAACUUUGUUAUUAACCUGACAAAUAACAUUAAAUAGAAUAUGUGUGGAAAGUCUGAGAAUUAAAGUAUAGUAAGUUAAUUACUUGUAUUGCAAGCAGGCUCUUGUAACUCAGCUCGAAGGCGACCUCGAAACUGAGCAAGAUCGGGUUCAGCAACAGCGCCACCGAGAAGAAGAGCUACGUUCUCAAAAUAUGAAUCUUGAGAUCCAGCUGUCAAACAAACAAGGGGACAUCGAAAGGCUGGAACGGAUGUUGGAAAUGGUCAAGCAAGAUUUCAGUUUACAGGUUCUAGAAAAAGUGAGUUUUAAUUUUAGAAUUAACAAAUACUUUUAUAUCAACUAUUUUUUUCUCAACCAUUUUAAACAUGAAACCUCUAGGGGUGGCUUUAGCUUGCAGUGGUGGUCUUUACAACUUGUUGGACACUUAUUGUGUGGCUUUAGCUUGCAGUGGUGGUCUGUACAACUUGUUGGACACUUAUUGUGUGGCUUUAGCUUGCAGUGGUGGUCUUUACAACUUGUUGGACACUUAUUGUGUGGCUUUAGCUUGCAGUGGUGGUCUUUACAACUUGUUGGACACUUAUUGUUUUGCUUUAGCUUGCAGUGGUGGUCUUUACAACUUGUUGGACACUUAUUGUUUGGGGCUGUAUUUAUAUUUAAGUAAGUUUUAAACAAUGUGGCAAAACUGUCAAUGGUAUAUGACCAAUUGUCAUUCAUUCUCAUAAAGUGUUAUUGCAGUUGGCUAAAGUUCACAUUGUUUACUCCGUAUUUCCAGCAAAAUCUGGCUUCUGGUGCAGAACAUCUGGAGAGAGAGCAUUUUUUGAACCAGAUCAAACUUUUGUCAGCCCAACUGGCCACAAUGACAGAGAAAUGUAACAGGAUGACAGUACAGCAGCAAAUGGUGAAUACAGAGAAGGAAAACUUGAAGACCAAAGUAGAUGAGCUGAUGGCCAAACUUGAGCAGGCCAGGUCAGUCCUACUUUUAGUUGUAGUUUGGCUAUAGUUGGGAUAGUUAGAAAAGUUGAGGGGUGUUGAAAACAAUGGAAUUUAGGGGUAAUCAGCAUAUAUGACUGUAUUCUAGAUAACCAGCAACCAUUGGGUUUGUGCAUUACUGGCAGAUAUUGGGUUUGUACAUAACCAGAAACUAUUGGGUUCGUGUAUCACAAACAUCUGAUAGUUAUGUCUGAUAAAUCAGCGUCAUGUUUUAACGGAAUAAAAAAAAAAUUAGCUAACCAAUAAGUGCUAGAAAACUUUCCAUGUCUGUGUCCAUUAGUCUUGUUUUAAUAGUUGCAAUAUGUUCAGAAGUCUUCCAAAGUUCAGUCACUACUGGCACCUGACAUCGUAAUCCAUUAUGUUGUUUGAUUUAUCCCCAGGUCCCAGCUGGACACAACAGUUACAGAAAAAAAUGAACUGACCACCCUGCUGGACAGCAGGAAUGAACAGAUGGAGAGACUCGGCAACGACAAAGACCAUUACCUUAAACUGGCUGACCAGAGGGCAGAUGACUUGACUCAGUUAAAAGUAACCAUGGAGACAAUGAAGAUUCAGCUGGAGGAGAAAGAGAAAAUUGUGGGCACUUUCAAACAGCAGUCAAGUAGCAUCUCACAGCUCUUGGAGGUACACAAAACUUGUGAUAAUAGUAGUAUGUUAAAAGACAAAAGGGAAUACAUAAUUCAUAAUAGUAUUAUAAAUGAAUUUAGGUUUGUGUAAUUUAACUGUUUAGUUGCAUUAAUUUAUUGCAGGCCUGCACAACGUGCGGCCCGCCAGCAUUUACUUUGUGGCCCACGAAGUAACGAAAUAUUCUUUAUUAUUAUUAUUUUCUUAAUAGCUUUCCCCCUGUCCUAUUUUUAUUCGGGCCACACAAGUUUUUCAUUAAGUAUUACGGCCUGCCUUACAUUUUGAGUUGUGCAGGCCUGAUUUAUUGUAAACUUUGAAGGGGACAUAAUCAUGAUACCUACCAAAGGUGGAAAUAGGUCUGUUCAUAAAUAUACUUGCUAAGAAUAAAUAGAAAGACAAACUUCCUUGCAGGGGAAAUGUCUGUUGCUUUAUUUCAUUGCUUUAUGACAUGACAUUUUUGUUUGAUUAACAUGGUAAAAAUCUAAUUCAAUGUGUACCAAUGAGCUUGCGACCGAGCCCACUAAAGUGAACUCUAAACUUUUGAAUCUGUGCUAAACGAAGGGGAAAAUACGAAUAAUUUUGAUUUUUAUUUAUUUUAAAACCUAAGAAAAAUACCAACAAUUUUUUUUUAUUAAGCAUACACCAGAUUAAAAUGUAAAGGUGUACUGUGCCUUUAGAAGUAGAAUGAGAAAGGUAGGCUAAAAAUGUGAAAAUAUGCUACGCAUUUGUAAAGUCAUAGAAUCACUGAUCUGAACUAAUGUCUUUGUAAAGUCAUAGAAUCACUGAUCUGAACGAAUGUGUUUGUAAAGUCAUAGAAUCACUGAUCUGAACGAAUGUGUUUGCUGUAGGUUAACAGCCGGGUCAGUGACAAUGUGAGAGACGAGAGAGACAAACUGGCUGAUGCUCUGGCAGAAAAGACAGCCAUCUUUGCAGAGCUGAAAAUAUCGCACGACUCCCUGGAACAGACGUUGAAGUUCCAAGAGAAGAGACUGGAAGAGCUGGAGUCAGAGGGUUCACAUUUGAAAAAAAUUAUUGCAGUUAAAGUAGGAAUGUUUGAGAUAUUUCAGAAUGGUUCUUUAUUAAAUAUCAGCUCAGAAUAUAAGUUGCAAACACACAAAAAAAGCCUUUUAAUAUUGUAUGCAACAACUUUGUUGACAGUCAUUUUAUUUGUCAGAGCCAAGAUCUUGACUGUGUCCAACAUGAGAAAGACAGCCUUAAAUCUGAGCUGACAGAGAUGGCAGCCAAAGUGGAGAAUUUAAAAACCAGGAAAGAUGCCCUCAAGAAAGAAUUGAUAAGAGUAAAAAAUCUUCACACAAAAGAAAUUAGUAAACUACAGACUCAACUUAAAGGUUUGAAACAAAAAAUUUUAAAAAAUGUUUUGUACCAGACUGAAUAUCUGGAUUUUAAUUAUUUUUCAGAUUACUACCCAAUUUUAUAUUAAUUAUUUUUUUUCUUGUUGGUUAGAAACUGAUUUUUUUAUGUGUUUAGAGUAUUUUAUUAAGUAAAAAAAAGUGUGAUAAAGCUAUCAAGCUUUACUUUUACAAUAGAUAAAUGUAAUCUGCAUAUACUAUUUUUUCAAUUAUUGUUGACUUUUAUUAAUGUUUGAUAUGAGAGGUUUCAUUGUAAUUCUUUCAUGAAUGAGUCUCUUGAAGCAUUUUGUUAUUAUUACGACUUAUAUUGUCAUGAUAUAUACAUAAAGUUAAACUUAUGGAUGAAAAGAUAACAGGCUAUUAAAUUCUAAUGAUAAUUUUAUUUGUCUAUUAUGUUUCUUGAGCUUUCAAUCCUUGAUGGUGCAUGCACCUACUUAAAAAAAACUCCAAACCUGUCACAGUGAUCAAUGAUCAUGAGUUUCAUCACAUCACCUCACCAUGUCUACAAAAUAAUACUUCUCCCUAAUUUUAUUUUUUCCAUUUGCAUAUCUUUUCCACAAAUGCCACAUUUUUAUCUACUAAAAUAGAUUUUUUAAACGUAUUUUCUCCCAGCUUAGAGAAAUAUUCAUUUGAGUUUCAAAAAAUUGAAAUUAUUAUGUGAUUAUAAGAUUGUUUUUGUUUAUGCAUUCUACGGCAGAAAAACUUAUCCAAUAUUUUGGUACCUUUUCUGAUUGAUAAACAUGCAACCCACUCUUUAAGAAUGCACUAAAAUUAAAAUGAAUAGAGUGGAGGUUUUAGGAAUGGAUUAAAAAUAAUUAUUUUUUUCAAUGAAUCAGAAGUUCUAAUUUUUAUGUUUGCCCACACAUUGGAUUAGAAUGUGAACAAGAGAAAAAACUCUCUGUGAAAGCCUUGAGGAGUAAAGACAUCAUGGAUAAUAAAGGUUGGUGAAACUCAUUUUGAAAUGCUCAUUAUUUAUAAUGUCAGGUUCUUUUACUGAUCGAAACCAAAAGAAAUUUCAUUUUACACAUUGUGCCAGACAAGAACCAAUUGCUCAUGUCAUAAGAAACAACCAUUACAUGAAAUGUGAGAAGUAGAAUAAGAGAAAUAUCUUCUUAACAGCUGUCAAGUUUGCUGACAAGAUCCAGAAGGAGAUGACCUUAAAGAGAAGUGAGAUUGACCAGUUGAUGUCCAAGGUACAUCGGCUGGAAGAAAAACUGGACACAGUUACCAAGGUAACUAGAUGCAUGAACUAAUUUUUGAGGUCAUUUUUCUCAUGAAGUUUUGUUACUUAAACAUCCAAUGAGAUUCAUAGGAACUAGACUCACUUUGAAUUAUGGGAUGCCAAAUACAUGCCAUAAAAAGAUGUCAUAAAUGCAUGCCAUUAAUAAAUGUCAUAAACAUAUGCCAUAUAUAGAUGUUGGUAAAGUCACUUAAAAGAUGCACAUGGCAAAAAUGUAUCCAUCUAAAAUAUUUGCUGUAGGUUGUGGGUGAUAACAUGUGUCUAUAUAAUGAAUGAAACCCAGCCUAGGUUUCAAAAUUCUUGUUUGUUAAAAGUCAUUCAGAGUCAUCUUCUAGAUCAGAACCCAGCAAACUUUUGUUCCCUGUAUCACCCCAGGUCAUUUCAAACAUUCCAAGGCACGACCCAGGCCCCAUUUCAAACAUUCCAAGGCACGACCCUGGCCCCAUUUCAAACAUUCCAAGGCACGACCCAGGCCCCAUUUUUAACAUUCCAAGACACACCCCAAGCCCCAGUUAAAACAUUCCUAGGCACACCCCAGGCCCGAUUUUUAACAUUCCAAGGCACACCCCAAGCCCCAGUUUAAACAUGCCUAGGCACAACCCAAGCCCCAUUUCAAACAAUCCAAGGCACACUCCAGGCCCCAUUUCAAACAUUCCAAGACACACCCCAAGCCCCAGUUAAAACAUUCCUAGGCACACCCCAAGCCCCCAGUUAAAACAUUCCUAGGCACACCCCAGGCCCCACUUCAAACAUUCCAAGGCACACCCCAGGCCCCACUUCAAACAUUCCAAGGCACAACACAAUUAAAAACAUGCAAAAAUAUGCUAUAUAACAUUCAUAGUGGUUUUUGAUGUAUUGUAUUUCACUAUAUUAUCAUUCUGGUUUGGAAGCAUUUCUGUUAUUCCCAGUUUGACAGUUUGGUAAUAGGCUAACCAAUGUCACUUUUUGUAUCUGUGCUUUUACUCCCCCUGAAGGCAUUUAGCUUGGCACACCUGGCAUCAUCUCAUAACACAACAGUGUGACGAGGCACACAAGCUGCGGAGCUCUGUUUUAGAUUAUUGAAACAAAAUUUAAUGAAUUAUAAAUAUUUUUGAUGUUGAGUAAAUAUACCAAAUUUUAAAAUUCCUUUUCCCAGACUGAAAGUGAUGCUUGAGUCUGAAGUUGUCAUUGUUUGUGUUUGAAUGUUUGAACACAGGAGAAGACUAUGGUCGAGAGGGACAAAGACAGUUUAAAGAAGAGUUUGGCUAAAUCUUUAUUUCACACAAAAGAACUCUCAGAAAAGCUGCAGGCCACUUCGGACCAGAACAAUGACCUAGUGAUCAGAGUAGGUCGAAUGGAGGCUGAAUUAGAGCAGGUAAAUAGAACAAUGACCUAAAGACUCAUGUAGAUCAGUUGCUGGCUGAAUUAGAGCAGGUAAGUAGAACAUGACCUUUUGACCUGUGUAGGUCAGUUAGAGGCUGAAGUAGAGCAUGCAAGUAGAACAAUUACCUGGUGACUAAUAAAAAAAAAAUAGGUAGCUGGAGGCUGAAGUAAAGCAGGUGUCACAUGACUUGAUCAGUUUAGAAAGGAACAAUUCCUUUUUACUUUGUGCUUAUUAUGGAAUGUGUAAGUAUUGGAACUUUUUCAUUCUUAAAAUUAGUUUUCUCUCCAUUUGUCAUCCUUUUUUCUCUUUGUUCUGGUGUAUUACUUAAAAUUUUUUGUAGUUGUAUUCUUUUUUAUAUCAUGAUAUGUUGUGUUUAGAAUGUUGUUUAUCUGUUUUUCUGAACAUUUGCAAUACAUGUAUGUUUAAAGAUCAGGAUAUCGGAUAUUUAUAUAUAUCUUGAUAUUUUUUCAAUCCCUAAAAUCUUUUCUCCUUCCAGAAAUCAUCAGCUUAUCAAAAAAAGAAAGAGAAGUUUGAGCAGGAACUAACCACUCUCAAGAGAAAGCAUCAUCUAGAUGUUAAGGUUAAUUAGAAAUAUGGUUGCAUCUAAUUUUAUUUAAUCUGAGUAAUUCUACUUAAUUCCAUGUCAUGGUACAUUUUCAUCUUUUGAAUUCUGGGUCCCAUCAGUCACAAAAUAAUAUUUAAUAAAUUGUAAGCUUAUUUAUUUAGGAGUCAUGCUAUUAAUAUCUUGGGUUCAGUCCCUAUUCUGAUUUUUUGCAAUAAUGCAAUAUUUAAGCAAUGGAUGAAAUGGCUACCGAAAACCAGCAACCUUUUAAAAAAAGCAAUUAAUAUAAUUACCUGUUAAAGCAACUAGUUCUUCCACACUCAGUUAAUAUCUCUCUUCCUCACUCAGUUAAUAUAUCUCCUCCUCUCUCUGUUGAUAUAUCUCCUCCUCACUCUGUUGAUAUAUCUCCUCCUCUCUCUGUUGAUAUAUCUCCUCCUCACUCUGUUAAUAUCUCUCCUCCUCACUCUGUUGAUAUAUCUCCUCCUAGGCAGUUGAAGGGCUGGCGAAAUAUAAAACAGAGAACACACAAGUGUUUGCUAAAGGCUCAUCAGUUUCAAAUGCACAACGCAAUUUAUUCAUCACUGAUAGCAGAGAGGCUAAUGAUGGCAUUAACAGUGAUUCCCCUUUGAUCAAAAACUCUAAAGCUGGGAGGCAUGUAAGUAAAUAUGGAAGAUCAUUUUAGUUUUUUUUUUUUUAAAAGUGCCCUUUGAAAAUAUAACAAGAAUAUUUUUUUGCCUUGGGAUUUGUACUCCUAAUAGAUUCUUCAAUUUCUUAACUUUAUUUGCUAAUUUUCCUAGAAUUAUUUUCCAUUUAUUUCUGUCAGGUUUAUUUUCAGCUCAUUCUGCUUCUGCCAAUUUCUCUCACUCUCUCAUUCAUAAUGUAAGUUUAAUGUCUCUAAGAUCAGCUCCAUGCAAUACCUGCAACGAACACUAACUCUAACUACAGCAUUCCAAAGUCUCUACUACAAGUUUGUUUUUGUGAUGUCAGCAAAAUUAUUUAGUCAAAGAAUUAGAACAUAAAGUGACACUUAAAACAAAAAUUAUUUAAUAAAAGUCUUUAGAUAAUCCAUGUUAGUUAUACUAAGGUGGUGUUCCAAUAAUCCCAAUAAAUAAUCCAUGUUAGUUAUACUAAGGUAGUGUUCCAAUAGUCCCUCUGAAUACUUGUCAUCACUGUUGGUUAUCUUAAGGUAUUAUUUCAAUAGUCCAAUAAAUAUGGUUAUAUUAGAAUAGUGUUCCAAUAGUCCUUAUAAAACUAUAGAUACAGAUAAUCAAUGUUGGUUAAACUAAAGUAGUAUUCCAAUAAAUAAGCCAUUUUGGUUAUACUAAGGUAGUAUUCCAAUGGUCCAAUAAAUAAUCAAUGUUCGUUAUACUAAAGUUGUGUUCCAAUAGUCCCCAUAAAUACCGAUUAUCAAUGUUGGUUAUACCAAGGUAGUAUUCCAAUAGCCCCGUAAAUAAUCAAUUUGGGUUAUACUAAUGUAGUAUUUAAAUAGUCUAAUUCCUGGAGAGACAUCUUUUGACAUAUUGGGGAACAAAUGCAUUUUUAUAUAUUUUGAUCCUAACUUGGAGGGAAAGAACUCUUCUUUAGUUUAAAAGUAACAUUUUUUAUUAACUUUUUUUUAAAAUAAUGGAGAUUUCUAACGUUGAUAUUCAGAGAAAACCAGUUGGAAACAAGCCGAACAAUCAUUUCGGAGAUUUUAAACGUUUGGUUCUCACUCCUAAAGGAGGGAGGGAGAAUAUGACUGAAGUCUCCCCACAAGAUGGAGAGAAGCUGGCAAGUGAAGCCAAGAGUACGGUGGGGAAGUGUUCAAAACAAGUUGAAUCAGGAUCUAUGGAGCUUCAUGACCUGGGGCCAGGGUGAGUCAACAGUGGGGAUUAACUAGAGAUUUUAUCAUUCCAUACUACAAGAAUAAUGGACAGUCUGCUAUAUACUGUUUUCCAAAGCUGUGAGUUCUUUGAAAAAUAAUUGUAAAAAUAAUAAAAAUGACUUUGGCUGCUGUGAGUAAAAACCCACCCAUAGCUGGAAGUCAGAGAGAUUGUUUGGCUUGGUUAGAAGUCAGAGAGAUUGUUUGGCUGGGCUAGAAGUCAGAGAGAUUGAUUGGCUGGGCUAGAAGUCAGAGAGAUUGUUUGGUUGGCUGGGCUAGAAGUCAGAGAGAUUGAUUGGCUGGGCUAGAAGUCAGAGAGAUUGUUUGGUUGGGCUAGAAGUCAGAGAGAUUGUUUGGCUGGGUUAGAAGUCAGAGAGAUUGUUUGGCUAGGCUAGAAGUCAGAGAGAGUGUUUGGCUGGGCUAGAAGUCAGAGAGAUUGUUUGGCUAGGCUAGAAGUCAGAGAGAGUGUUUGGCUGGGCUAGAAGUCAGAGAGAGUGUUUGGCUGGGCUAGAAGUCAGAGGGAUUGUUUGGUUGGCUGGGUUAGAAGUCAGAGAGAUUGUUUGGCUGGGCUAGAAGUGAGAGAGAGUGUUUGGCUGGGCUAGAAGUCAGAGAGAGUGUUUGGCUGGGCUAGAAGUCAGAGAGAUUGUUUGGUUGGCUGGGUUAGAAGUCAGAGAGAUUGUUUGGCUAGGCUAGAAGUCAGAGAGAGUGUUUGGCUGGGCUAGAAGUCAGAGAGAGUGUUUGGCUGGGUUAGAAGUCAGAGAGAUUGUUUGGCUGGGCUAGAAGUCAGAGAGAUUGUUUGGCUGGGCUAGAAGUCAAAGGGAGUGUUUGGCUGGGCUAGAAGUCAGAGAGAGUGUUUGGCUGGGUUAGAAGUCAGAGAGAUUGUUUGGCUGGGCUAGAAGUCUUAGAGAGUGUUUGGCUGGGCUAGAAGUCAGAGAGAGUGUUUGGCUGGGCUUUAAAGUAUCAAAAUAUUUUUCUUUGUCUUACAGGCUGUUAGGAGCAGGUAUUUUUGAUGCACUUAAAAUUUGUAUAUACAAUUUGCAUGAUUUCCCAUUCACAUUUAAUCCUCAUCCGUAGCAUUGAUGUUGAUGGCCAAGGCCACCAAACAGAUAAACUGUCUGCAGCCAGCUCUGUGUCAGACUUAACUGAUGAGUUCUCUUACAAAGGUGAGAAUAUGGCGACUUUAAAGUCAUUUUGAAAAGAAAAAAAAAAUGAAUUGUUUUUUGUUUUUUUACUCAGGGUUACUUCCUGUCCGAGAUUGGCUGCUUUACUAACAAGUCCAAUCCUGGCUAAUUACCCAUCUCUAGUUAAUAUAAAUAUAAUAUAAUAUAAUAAAGUAUAAUAUAAACUCAGAAUGACAUUUUUAAUCCUUUCUAUCUGUACUCUUUGAAACACAUAAGUAUCACAAUAAAUCCAACAAAUUCAAAUAUCUGAACUAAUAAGUUAAACCCAAUAAUGAAACAAUUUAAAUUGAUUAAAUCAUUUUCAGUCUAGUCUGUUAAAAGGAGGUAAAUUAAAAAAAUAUUUUGGCCAUAAAUAUAAAUUUCAAAUCUUGGAUACUUUUUCAGCAGAAUGGCGCCCUCGUUCAUAUUCCCUUACUCAGGCAAAUGCUCCAACUCCAAUGAAAGAUUUGGAAAUAACACAUGGGACAAGUUUUCUAUCUAAAAGUGGGAACUCAGACACACUACGUCAUAGUCAUUCACAAGACAGAACAAGACGGCUAGGUGAGAUAACAAACUUUGUCUCAAGUCAUUCACAAGACCGAACAAGAUGGUUAUGUGUGAUCACAUCUUAUCUUUUCCUCUCAAGGUUAUGCCCUGGCAUGAAUAAUCAUUUCUUAAUUUUGUCUCUCAAGGUUAUGCCUUGGCAUGAAUGAUCACGCGUCUUAUUUUUGUCUCUCAAGGUUAUGCCCUGGCAUAAAUAAUCACACCUUAUCUUUGUCUCUCAUGGUUAUACCCUGGCAUGAAUGAUCACACACCUUAUCUUUUUCUCUCAAGGUUAUGGCCUGGCUUGAAUGAUCACACACCUUAUCUUUGUCUCUCAAGGUUAUGGCCUGGCUUGAAUGCUCACAUCUUACCUUGUCUCUCAAGGUUAUGCCCUAGCAUGAACAAUCAUUUCUUAUCUUUGUCUCUCAAGGUGAUGCCCUGGCAUGAACCAGUUUUAAAGAGGGGACAGGAUCCGCCCUGAACUCUGUUUUUAUCAUUACAUUAAUUUUCUGUUCAUCUCUGCAAUUUAAGUUUGGCAACAAGUACUAUACACCAUCAAUCUUUGCUUUGAGUUUUCUGCUCAUGUUCAUACCAUCAAUUAUGAAUAAGGGGAAAAUUUUGCACAAGUAUUUUAAUAUUUUUUAUCUCUAUCUAAGAAAUAUUUAGCUUAGCAAAGGUUGGUCCAAAAAAUUAAUCUCUGGUUCUUGUUACAAACUGCAUAUAGAAGAUAAGCAGUUUAUUGGCUUCAUUAGGUCUAGGGGGCUAAUUAAUCAACAAAUCAAUGGUUUAUAUGACAAAUGGCUCUUAAUCAAAUAAAGCAUGACUUCUUUCAUCCGCUUUCUCUCUGCAAUUCCAUUACCACUACCAAUGCCAUAUCCCAAACCCAAAUAUGUCACAAAGCACAUAGCAAACAGCUACACAAAUACUCUCAGCACCAAAACACGCACCCACAAAACACAAAGGAUUAACAGUAUUAUUAUAUUGUUUAUUUUUAUCACAGUAAAUGGCAUGGUACUAUUUCCUGAUACCCAAGAGUUGUGUCGCAGACUUGAAGAAAAAAUAGAGAAUUUGACACGCAUGGGAGGCAACUUGGUAAAAGAAAACAAAGGUAAUAAAUUAAUUCAGCUGCUCAAAUAACCCUCAGAAGUCAAAUGGUAAACGAAUUCACCCACGCAUGGUGCAAAAAUUUUUUUUAACAGUACUAAAGCCAAAAGGCCAAACAAAAUAUUUGUUUACAAUUUUCAAAAUACUCAGAAUUAAAAGAUGUCAUUUUUAAUCUGUAAAAUUAAUUUGAUAAUGCCACCAUCAAGUCAGAUGAGACUGUAACAUUAAUGUGAUGAUGCCACCAUCAAGUCUGACAAGACUAAAAUGGAUGUGAUGAUGCUACCAUCAAGUCUGACGAGACAUACUCCAGUCAAAAUAGAGUCCUGUCACAUCAACAAAUGUUUUUAGGAGAUACUGUGUCCAUACCUUGUUCUCUUGCAAGCUAACAAAUUAACAUUUUAAUCAACAAGCACUUCACUGAAGUCUAUUAUUGUAGUUGAAAAUUGUACAUUAAAAAAUCUUGUAUACAAUUCUUCACCUUACAAUGUAAUUGUUAUUUUUUUUAAACUAUUAAUGAUUCACUAGUUUUUAAUUGGGUGCUGUUUUUUUUACUCUGGGUCCGGGUAUUUUAAGAACAUACAUGGUCGGUCCAAGUCUUACAAAAAAUGGGUUAACUUCUCAUUUUCUAUAGUAUGCAACACCUUAUGUCUAUAUAAAAGACUCAGUGCUAUUAAUAUAAAACAUGUGGAAUUAUUUGGGUGGUUUUUCAAGAGGAAGCAGGAUGCACCAAAAGCAAAAUAUAUAUGAGAUGGUCUACUACUAAGACCAAAUGACCAUUGGGCUCUAAAAGUAAACAAAUAAGAUUGAUGAUGCCCUUUUGAGAAACUAGAAAAUGUAGACUGGUGAAAAUUGUAUCUUUGUCUGAUAUGAGAUGUAUUCAUAGGUAAAAAAGUUAAAAUUAUGUGCAAAGUACGGGCUAAUUAAAAUACUCGGCAUGUAUGGAAAAGUUCUUUUUUCAGGGCUUUUAAAUUUGUUUUAUCAAAUUACUUUUUUUUUUCAACAUACCAUGUUUUUAGAAAAAACUCUUAGAGUUUAGCAUCCAAACAAAUUAUUAUUAGAAUCACUGUUAGAUUAUGGAUUAUAUUUUGGAUGCUACCUCGAAUUAUCCUUCACUCUGGUGGUCAAAUCCUUUUAAACCCUUUUUAAAUUGAUUUUAAUAGAUUACAUCUAGAUUUUGCCACAUCAGUUUAAAACCACUGCUACAAAAGAAAAAUUAUUGAAUUCAAAUACACAUUACCCUAUUAUUAUAACUAUCAUUACUAAUAAGCAAUGGCAUACAAGAAUCCAAAGUCAUGAUCUAGUUUAAAUAUCAUAACUGAAAGUAUUUUACUUCUAAUUGUUUAGAUAUGGCUGACCUGAUCAAUUUACAAGGAGAAAAACUUGACACAGUAAAGCAAAUAGAGAGAACAACAUUGGGUCAGACAAACUCUGGAUGAAUUGCUACAUGGAAAAACAAACUGACUGUAACUGAAAGGGAGAAAGCCGCUGUGAAAAUAAGUCACAAAAUUGUUUUGUAGAAAAGGUCUAUUUUAUAUGAGGACACUUUUGAAUUAUCUGUUACUGAAAGCAUUAUCCUAGUAACAAAUUUUUACCCAUUUACACAAUUGUACAUUUGUGAGCAUUUAUUAUUCAGUUAUCUCUUCAUAUUAAUAUAUAUUUUGUGAUGGUGUUAUGAUAAGCAUUUAAUAUCUAGAAUUUUACUUUUAGAGUCUUUAUAUUAUUUUAAAAAAUGAAUUCUUAAUUCAUGGUUAUAAAGAAGCAGCCAUAAGAACUACUUUUGCAAUUAUUAAUUAUAAAAUAUUACAGUGAUUAAUUAAAUUAGAGACUAGCAAAAAAUGUGCCAGUUACCUUUUUCUGCUGGUCAUUUCACUUAACACAUGCAUAUCUUGAGCUCAUAUCCCCAUCAAGCCCAAACAAUAAGGCUAUCUAGUUGCAUGACAUCACUGCAAGCCAUGUGCUCACAUUUAAUGUUUUUUCUGUGUUUAGAUUUGUGUAAUUAAAGAGGGAAUAUUUUUUUAGUGCAUUGUCUUCUUGAUAUUAAAUUCAUAGAGCCUGUCACUGAAUGACACACAAUAGAAUAAUUACAUAUGUCAUUAAUAAUUAAAAUAAACAACCUGACACGUUUUCGCUGGCAGUAAAAGCAAUUUUAUUACCGGUACUUCACAAAUAGUGGCCCAACAUCGACCGGCUGUUGUAUAACAUUUUUAGCUAUUUCUAACAUUGAGAGUUAGAAAUUCAGAUAAAAAUUUAAUUUAACAGAAUGUAGUGUAAAGUGUAUAGCAGACAUACAAUAAAUAGAUUUAUCAAAUAUAUGAUGAACAAAAAUUGUGAUAAUAGUUCUCUGUAAUAUGUAAUUUAAAAAAAGGCACUUAUAAGCUUUAACACUCUGUAACAUAUUGGCAACUAUUCUUCCUUAAUAACAGCCCCUUAUAAAUGUAAUUUUAGCAGAAAGAUUCAGAGCUGUUUCCUUUGGUUUGUUAAAAAAGUGUUUGUCUACAAUAAGGUUAAACCAUUAAUUUAUGUGAUGAAGACCAAAGAAAAAUAGUAUUAUAUUUCUGACAUAGGUUGGGAAAAUGUCCACUGUGGUUAGAGUAGAAUUAGAUAACAUUCUCUCACAUUAAUUAUCUUAUUGACUGCAGGUCGUAAAAAACAUUUUUUAAAUGCUCAUUUUGUACCAGAAGAUCAUUGUAUGCAUUACUUAUUUUAUUAAUCGGGAUAUAUAUAUAUAUUUGCAUUAUAUCUACUAAAAUUAAGCCUAAUAUUUUGUGUGAUGCAUUUAACUUGUUACUACUCUGUGUGUGUUACUGACAAAAUAUUAUAUAAUGAUGUACAAUUUUAUAAAUAAAAUUUACCCUGUUGUUCCUCCUCCCCCGUUUUAAAAGAAACAAACUAUUUUUUUUUUAAUGUUUCUAACUAUAUUUAUUAUAUCAUGAG